AUGAUACUCCCCUACAUCGGAAGCUUCAAGAUUAAGAAUAUGAAGACUGGUAUCAAAGUUUUUGGAAUCACAAAGGACAGUGUCACGCUGCACUGGGACCUGCCUCUGAUAGAUGGGGGCUCACGCAUAACAAAUUAUAUUGUGGAGAAACGUGAAGCAACAAGGAAAUCUUAUUCUACAGUUACCACUAAGUGUCAUAAGUGCACAUAUAAAGUYACUGGCUUGUCUGAGGGAUGUGAAUACUUCUUCAGAGUGAUGGCAGAAAAUGAAUAUGGAAUUGGAGAGCCAAGAGAAACUACAGAACCCGUAAGAGCCUCCGAAGCACCAUCACCCCCAGACAGCCUUAACAUUAUGGACAUAACCAAGAGCACAGUCAGCCUGGCAUGGCCCAAACCCAGACAUGAUGGCGGCAGUAAGAUCACUGGCUACGUGAUUGAAGCCCAAAGGAAAGGCUCUGACCAGUGGACCCACAUCUCAACGGUGAAAGGAUUAGAAUGUGUUGUGAGAAAUCUCACUGAAGGGGAGGAAUACACCUUCCAGGUGAUGGCGGUGAACAGUGCUGGGAGAAGCGCCCCUCGAGAAAGCAGGCCUGUCAUUGUGAAGGAGCAGACAAUGCUUCCAGAGUUGGAUCUCCGUGGCAUCUAUCAGAAAUUAGUCAUUGCCAGAGCUGGUGAAAAUAUCAAAGUGGAAAUUCCAGUGCUCGGUCGACCAAAACCCACAGUUACAUGGAAAAAAGGAGACCAGAUUCUUAAACAGACACAGAGAGUUAAUUUUGAAAAUACAGCAACUUCAACCAUCUUAAAUAUCAAUGAGUGUGUCAGAAGUGACAGUGGGCCCUAUCCACUCACAGCAAAGAACAUUGUAGGAGAGGUUGGUGAUGUCAUCACCAUUCAAGUCCACGAUAUCCCAGGGCCACCAACAGGACCAAUCAAAUUUGACGAAGUUUCUUCUGAUUUUGUAACCUUCUCUUGGGACCCACCUGAGAAUGAUGGAGGAGUACCAAUAAGCAACUAUGUAGUGGAAAUGCGACAGACAGAUAGUACUACAUGGGUGGAGUUAGCAACCACGGUAAUACGGACUACCUAUAAAGCCACUCGCCUUACUACUGGAGUGGAGUAUCAAUUCCGUGUAAAAGCUCAAAACAGAUACGGAGUUGGACCGGGCAUCACAUCAGCAUCUAUAGUCGCCAACUAUCCAUUUAAAGUUCCAGGGCCUCCUGGUACCCCUCAGGUUACUGCAGUUACCAAGGAUUCAAUGACAAUUAGCUGGCAUGAGCCACUUUCUGAUGGUGGAAGCCCCAUUUUAGGAUAUCAUGUUGAAAGAAAAGAACGGAAUGGUAUUCUCUGGCAGACUGUGAGCAAAGCAUUAGUACCAGGCAACAUUUUCAAAUCAACUGGACUUACAGAUGGUAUUGCUUAUGAGUUCCGAGUAAUUGCAGAAAACAUGGCAGGUAAAAGCAAGCCAAGCAAGCCAUCUGAACCAAUGCUUGCUCUGGAUCCCAUUGACCCACCUGGGAAACCAAUACCUCUGAAUAUUACCAGACAUGCAGUGACACUUAAAUGGGCUAAGCCUGAAUAUACAGGAGGCUUUAAAAUUACUAGCUAUAUAGUUGAGAAAAGAGACCUUCCUAAUGGAAGGUGGCUGAAAGCCAACUUCAGCAACAUUUUGGAAAAUGAAUUUACAGUGAGUGGCCUAACAGAAGAUGCUGCAUAUGAAUUCCGGGUGAUUGCCAAAAAUGUUGCUGGUGCUAUUAGCCCACCAUCUGAGCCAUCCGAUGCCAUCACAUGCAGAGAUGACCUUGAAGCACCAAGGAUAAUGGUGGAUGUUAAAUUCAAGGACACUGUUAUAUUAAAAGCAGGCGAAGCAUUCAAGCUGGAAGCUGAUGUUUCAGGUCGCCCACCACCAACCAUGGAAUGGACCAAAGAUGGAAAGGAGCUUGAAGGCACGGGGAAAUUAGAAAUAAAGAUCGCAGAUUUCUCCACUUAUCUGGUGAACAAGGAUUCUUCAAGGAGGGAUAGUGGUGCCUAUAUCCUUACAGCAACAAAUCCUGGUGGCUUUGCCAAACACAUUUUCAACGUCAAGGUUCUUGAUAGACCAGGCCCACCUGAAGGACCUUUAGCUGUAUCUGAUGUAACAUCCGAAAAGUGUGUAUUGUCAUGGUUGCCUCCACGGGAUGAUGGAGGUGCCAAAAUUGAUCAUUACAUAGUGCAGAAACGUGAAACCAGCAGAUUGGCAUGGACAAAUGUAGCCUCAGAAGUCCAAGUAACAAAACUAAAGGUUACUAAGCUUUUGAAAGGCAAUGAAUACAUAUUCCGUGUCAUGGCUGUAAAUAAAUAUGGAGUUGGAGAGCCACUUGAAUCAGAACCUGUGCUUGCAGUGGAUCCUUAUGGACCUCCGGAUCCACCCAAAAACCCCGAAGUUACAACUAUUACUAAAGAUUCUAUGGUUGUCUGCUGGGGACAUCCUGACUCUGAUGGUGGAAGUGAAAUCAUAAAUUAUAUUGUGGAACGGCGUGAUAAAGCUGGCCAACGCUGGGUGAAAUGCAACAAAAAGACCCUUACUGACUUAAGAUACAAAGUGACUGGACUGACAGAAGGACAUGAAUAUGAAUUCAGGAUUAUGGCAGAGAACGCUGCUGGAAUUAGUGCGCCAAGUUCUACCAGUCCGUUCUAUAAAGCUUGUGACACUGUGUUUAAACCUGGCCCACCAGGUAACCCACGUGUUCUGGAUACAAGCAGAUCAUCCAUUUCAAUUGCAUGGAAUAAACCCAUUUAUGAUGGUGGAUCAGAAAUCACUGGGUAUAUGGUUGAGAUUGCCCUGCCAGAAGAAGAUGAAUGGCAGAUUGUCACACCACCAGCUGGGCUCAAGGCAACAUCUUAUACCAUCACCAACCUCAUAGAGAACCAGGAGUAUAAAAUCCGAAUCUAUGCCAUGAAUUCUGAAGGACUUGGGGAACCAGCCUCGGUUCCUGGAACUCCAAAGGCUGAAGACAGAAUGCUGCCCCCAGAGAUUGAACUGGAUGCUGAUCUGCGCAAAGUUGUCACUAUAAGAGCCUGCUGCACUCUGAGGCUUUUUGUUCCAAUCAAAGGAAGACCUGCACCUGAGGUGAAGUGGACCCGGGAACAUGGAGAGUCUUUGGACAAAGCUAGCAUUGAAUCCACAAGCUCAUACACCCUGCUUAUUGUUGGAAAUGUGAACAGAUUUGACAGUGGCAAGUACAUACUAACUGUAGAAAACAGCUCGGGCAGUAAGUCUGCAUUUGUGAAUGUUAGAGUGCUAGAUACUCCAGGCCCUCCACAGGAUCUGAAGGUAAAGGAGGUCACAAAGACAUCCGUCACAUUGACAUGGGACCCUCCUCUCCUUGAUGGAGGCUCAAAAAUAAAGAACUACAUUGUUGAAAAGAGAGAAUCAACAAGAAAAGCAUAUUCAACUGUUGCAACCAAUUGCCAUAAGACUUCCUGGAAGGUAGACCAGCUUCAAGAAGGCUGCAGUUACUAUUUCAGGGUUCUCGCCGAAAAUGAAUAUGGCAUUGGGCUGCCUGCUGAAACCGCAGACUCUGUGAAAGCAUCAGAACGACCUCUUCCUCCAGGAAAAAUCACUUUGGUGGAUGUCACAAGAAACAGCGUGUCACUCUCCUGGGAGAAACCAGAGCAUGAUGGAGGCAGCCGGAUCCUAGGCUACAUUGUAGAGAUGCAGAGCAAAGGCAGUGACAAAUGGGCCACAUGUGCCACAGUCAAAGUCACUGAAGCCACUAUAACUGGACUGAUUCAGGGUGAAGAAUACAAUUUCCGUGUUUCAGCUCAGAACGAGAAGGGCAUCAGUGAUCCGAGACAACUGAGUGUGCCAGUGAUUGCCAAAGACCUUGUCAUCCCACCAGCCUUCAAACUCCUGUUCAAUACUUUCACUGUACUGGCAGGUGAAGACCUUAAAGUUGAUGUUCCAUUCAUUGGACGCCCUACACCAACUGUAACCUGGCAUAAAGAUGAUGUACCACUGAAGCAGACAACUAGAGUAAAUGCAGAGAGCAAAGAAAAUAAUACACUACUGACAAUAAAGGAAGCCUACAGAGAAGACGUUGGACAUUACACAGUUAAACUGACUAACUCAGCUGGCGAAGCUACUGAGACCCUUAAUGUUAUUGUUCUUGACAAACCAGGGCCUCCAACUGGACCAGUUAAAAUGGAUGAAGUGACAGCUGACAGUAUUACUCUUUCCUGGGAACCACCAAAGUAUGAUGGUGGAAGUUCCAUCAAUAAUUACAUUGUAGAGAAACGGGACACUUCCACAACCUCCUGGCAAAUUGUGUCAGCCACGGUUGCAAGGACAACAAUAAAAGCUUGCAGAUUAAAGACUGGGUGUGAAUAUCAGUUUAGAAUUGCUGCUGAAAACAGAUACGGAAAGAGCACCUACCUCAAUUCAGAGCCCAUCAUAGCUCAGUAUCCAUUCAAAGUUCCUGGUCCCCCUGGCACACCAUUUGUCACACUCUCCUCCAAGGACAGUAUGGAGGUACAAUGGAAUGAGCCAGUCAGUGACGGAGGAAGCAGAGUCAUUGGCUACCAUCUAGAACGCAAGGAAAGAAACAGCAUCCUCUGGGUCAAAUUGAAUAAAACGCCUAUUCCUCAAACCAAGUUUAAGACAACUGGCCUCGAAGAAGGCAUUGAAUAUGAAUUCAGAGUCUCUGCAGAGAACAUUGUGGGCAUCGGCAAGCCAAGUAAGCCAUCAGAAUGCUACGUAGCUCGUGACCCAUGUGAUCCACCAGGGCGGCCAGAGGCAAUCAUUGUCACAAGGAAUUCUGUAACUCUUCAGUGGAAGAAACCCACCUAUGAUGGUGGAAGCAAGAUCACAGGUUAUAUGGUGGAGAAGAAAGAAUUGCCUGACGGCCGCUGGAUGAAAGCCAGUUUUACAAACAUCAUUGACACCCAGUUUGAAGUAACUGGCCUAGUUGAAGAUCACAGAUAUGAAUUCCGAGUGAUAGCUCGCAAUGCAGCAGGUGUGUUUAGUGAGCCUUCAGAGAGCACAGGGGCAAUCACAGCACGAGACGAGGUGGAGCCACCCAGGAUAAGUAUGGACCCCAAAUACAAGGAUACAAUUGUGGUUCAUGCUGGUGAGUCAUUUAAGGUUGAUGCAGAUAUACAUGGCAAACCAAUACCAACCACUCAAUGGAUAAAAGGUGAUCAGGAGCUUUCAAACACAGCCCGACUAGAAAUAAAGAGUACUGACUUUUCCACCAGUCUCAGCGUCAAGGAUGCAGUACGUGUUGACAGUGGGAAUUACAUUUUGAAGGCCAAAAAUGUUGCCGGAGAGAGAUCUGUCACUGUGAAUGUCAAAGUUCUUGACAGACCAGGACCCCCUGAAGGACCUGUUGUUAUAUCAGGGGUUACGGCAGAAAAAUGCACACUAGCUUGGAAACCUCCACUUCAGGAUGGUGGCAGUGAUAUCAUAAAUUAUAUCGUAGAAAGGAGAGAAACCAGCCGCCUGGUUUGGACUGUGGUUGAUGCCAACGUGCAAACUCUCAGUUGCAAGGUUACUAAGCUUCUUGAAGGCAAUGAAUACAUUUUCCGUAUAAUGGCAGUAAACAAAUAUGGUGUUGGUGAACCUCUUGAAUCUGAGCCAUUAAUUGCCAAGAAUCCAUUUGUAGUACCAGAUGCACCAAAAGCUCCAGAAGUCACAACAGUGACCAAAGACUCAAUGAUUGUUGUAUGGGAAAGGCCAGCAUCUGAUGGUGGCAGUGAAAUUCUCGGAUACGUUCUUGAAAAACGAGACAAGGAGGGCAUUAGGUGGACAAGAUGCCACAAGCGUCUGAUUGGGGAGUUGCGCUUGAGAGUAACUGGACUCAUAGAAAAUCACAACUAUGAAUUCAGAGUCUCAGCUGAGAAUGCUGCUGGACUUAGUGAACCAAGUCCUCCUUCUGCUUACCAAAAAGCUUGUGAUCCUAUUUACAAACCAGGCCCUCCCAACAACCCCAAAGUCAUGGAUGUUACCAGAUCUUCAGUUUUCCUUUCUUGGAGCAAGCCCAUAUAUGAUGGUGGCUGUGAAAUCCAAGGAUACAUUGUUGAGAAAUGUGACGUGAGUGUUGGUGAAUGGACAAUGUGCACCCCACCAACUGGAAUUAAUAAAACAAACUUAGAGGUAGAGAAGUUACAGGAAAAGCAUGAAUACAACUUCCGCAUUUGUGCCAUUAAUAAAGCUGGAGUUGGUGAACAUGCUGAUGUCCCUGGACCUGUAAUUGUUGAAGAAAAACUGGAAGCACCAGACAUCGAUCUUGACAUGGAACUAAGGAAAAUUAUAAAUAUAAGGGCAGGUGGCUCUUUAAGGUUAUUUGUUCCCAUAAGAGGCCGUCCCACUCCAGAAGUGAAAUGGGGAAAGGUGGAUGGUGAAAUCCGAGAUGCGGCUAUAAUUGAUGUCACUAGCAGUUUCACCUCGCUUGUUCUUGACAAUGUCAAUCGAUACGAUAGUGGAAAAUAUACUCUCACAUUAGAAAACAGCAGUGGAACAAAGUCUGCCUUUGUUACUGUGAGAGUCCUGGAUACACCAAGUCCACCUGUUAACCUGAAAGUCACAGAAAUCACCAAAGACUCGGUAUCAAUUACAUGGGAACCUCCUUUGUUGGAUGGGGGAUCCAAAAUUAAAAAUUACAUCGUUGAGAAACGCGAAGCCACGAGAAAAUCAUAUGCUGCCGUUGUCACGAAUUGCCACAAGACAUCUUGGAAAAUUGAUCAACUCCAAGAAGGUUGCAGUUAUUACUUUAGAGUCACAGCUGAGAAUGAGUAUGGUAUCGGCCUACCUGCCCACACUGCUGACCCAAUUAAGGUUGCAGAAGUUCCACAACCUCCAGGAAAAAUAACUGUGGAUGAUGUCACCAGAAAUAGUGUCUCUCUGAGUUGGACAAAGCCUGAACAUGAUGGUGGCAGUAAAAUCAUUCAGUAUAUUGUGGAAAUGCAAGCUAAACACAGUGAGAAGUGGUCAGAGUGUGCUCGAGUAAAGUCCCUUGAAGCAGUAAUUACCAACCUAACUCAGGGAGAAGAAUAUCUUUUUAGAGUCAUUGCUGUAAAUGAAAAGGGGAGAAGUGAUCCUAGGUCCCUUGCAGUUCCAAUAGUUGCCAAAGAUCUGGUCAUCGAGCCAGAUGUAAGACCUGCAUUCAACAGUUACAGCAUACAGGUUGGCCAAGAUUUGAAAAUAGAAGUACCAAUUUCUGGACGUCCUAAGCCAACCAUCACCUGGACUAAAGAUGGUCUUCCCCUGAAGCAGACCACAAGAGUCAAUGUUACCGAUUCACUUGACCUCACCACACUCAGUAUUAAAGAGACUCAUAAGGAUGACAGUGGACAAUAUGGAAUCACAGUUGCCAAUGUUGUUGGUCAGAAAACAGCAUCCAUCGAAAUUAUCACUCUAGAUAAACCUGAUCCUCCAAAAGGACCUGUUAAAUUUGAUGAAGUCAGUGCUGAGAGUAUUACCUUAUCCUGGAACCCUCCAGUAUACACAGGAGGCUGCCAAAUUACUAACUACAUUGUUCAUAAGAGAGAUACAACCACCACAGUAUGGGAUGUUGUUUCUGCUACUGUUGCUAGAACUACUCUCAAAGUAACCAAACUGAAAACUGGUACAGAAUACCAAUUCAGAAUAUUUGCUGAAAACAGAUAUGGACAAAGCUUUGCCUUGGAGUCUGAUCCAAUUGUAGCUCAAUAUCCUUACAAAGAACCCGGUCCUCCAGGCACACCAUUCGUCACAGCCAUUUCCAAAGACUCUAUGGUUGUACAGUGGCAUGAACCAAUCAAUAAUGGUGGAAGCCCAGUCAUAGGUUACCACCUUGAGAAAAAAGAAAGGAAUAGUAUUUUGUGGACAAAAGUCAACAAAAGUAUUAUCCAUGACACCCAAUUUAAAGCACUGAAUCUUGAAGAAGGCAUUGAAUAUGAAUUCAGAGUUUAUGCUGAAAAUAUCGUUGGCGUAGGCAAGGCAAGCAAGAAUUCUGAAUGCUACGUAGCCCGAGAUCCCUGUGACCCACCAGGAACACCAGAAGCAAUAAUUGUUAAGAGAAAUGAAAUCACUUUACAGUGGACCAAACCUGUAUAUGAUGGCGGAAGUAUGAUUACGGGCUACAUUGUAGAGAAGCGUGAUUUACCUGAGGGCCGCUGGAUGAAAGCCAGCUUCACCAAUGUCAUUGAAACUCAAUUUACUGUGUCAGGUCUUACUGAAGAUCAAAGAUAUGAAUUCAGAGUCAUUGCAAAGAAUGCAGCCGGUGCCAUAAGUAAACCCUCUGACAGUACUGGACCAAUCACUGCCAAGGAUGAGGUUGAACUCCCAAGAAUUUCAAUGGAUCCAAAAUUCAGAGAUACAAUAGUGGUGAAUGCUGGAGAAACAUUCAGGCUGGAGGCUGAUGUCCAUGGAAAGCCCCUACCUACUAUUGAGUGGUUAAGAGGAGAUAAGGAAAUUGAAGAAUCUGCUAGAUGUGAAAUAAAGAACACAGAUUUUAAGGCUUUACUUAUUAUAAAGGACGCCAUUAGAAUUGAUGGUGGACAGUAUAUUCUAAGAGCCUCCAAUGUUGCAGGUUCUAAGUCAUUCCCAGUAAACGUAAAAGUGUUAGACAGACCAGGACCUCCAGAAGGGCCAGUUCAGGUUACCGGAGUCACUUCAGAAAAAUGCACUUUAACAUGGUCUCCACCACUUCAAGAUGGUGGCAGUGACAUUUCUCACUAUGUUGUUGAAAAGCGAGAAACCAGCCGACUAGCAUGGACCGUUGUUGCUUCAGAAGUUGUGACUAAUUCUCUGAAAGUUACCAAACUAUUAGAAGGGAAUGAAUAUAUUUUCCGUAUAAUGGCUGUCAACAAAUAUGGUGUUGGAGAGCCUUUGGAAUCUGCACCGGUACUAAUGAAAAACCCAUUUGUUCUUCCUGGUCCACCCAAAAACCUUGAAAUUACAAACAUUGCCAAGGACUCCAUGACAGUCUGUUGGAACCGUCCAGAUAGCGAUGGUGGAAGUGAGAUCAUUGGUUACAUUGUAGAGAAACGAGACAGAAGUGGCAUUAGGUGGAUAAAAUGUAAUAAACGCCGCAUCACAGAUCUGCGUCUGAGAGUAACAGGCUUAACAGAAGACCAUGAGUAUGAAUUCAGAGUCUCUGCAGAAAAUGCUGCUGGAGUUGGAGAACCUAGUCCAGCUACAGUGUAUUAUAAGGCCUGCGAUCCUGUGUUCAAACCAGGCCCACCCACCAAUGCACACGUUGUAGACACCACUAAAAACUCAAUCACACUUGCUUGGGGCAAACCCAUCUAUGAUGGUGGCAGUGAGAUCCUGGGAUAUGUCAUAGAAAUUUGUAAAGCAGAUGAAGAAGAAUGGCAAAUAGUCACUCCACAGACUGGCCUGAGAGUCACACGAUUUGAAAUUUCAAAACUCAUUGAACAUCAAGAAUACAAAAUACGAGUCUGUGCCCUCAACAAAGUUGGUCUAGGUGAGGCUGCAUCAGUUCCUGGGACUGUGAAACCAGAAGAUAAACUUGAAGCCCCUGAACUUGACAUUGACUCUGAGCUAAGGAAAGGAAUUGUGGUAAGAGCUGGUGGAUCUGCCAGAAUUCACAUUCCAUUCAAAGGUCGUCCAACACCUGAGAUCACCUGGUCUCGAGAGGAAGGUGAAUUCACAGAUAAGGUCCAAAUUGAAAAGGGAGUAAACUAUACCCAACUAUCAAUCGAUAAUUGUGACAGAAAUGAUGCUGGCAAAUACAUUCUCAAGUUGGAAAAUAGCAGCGGAUCGAAGUCUGCUUUUGUAACUGUGAAAGUUCUCGACACCCCAGGACCACCACAGAAUUUGACAGUCAAAGAAGUAAGAAAAGAUUCUGUCCUACUGGUAUGGGAACCACCCAUCAUUGAUGGGGGAGCCAAGGUCAAGAACUAUGUGAUAGACAAACGUGAGUCAACCAGAAAAGUGUAUGCUAAUGUGAGUAGUAAAUGCAGCAAAACAAGUUUCAAAGUUGAGAAUCUUACAGAAGGAGCCAUUUAUUACUUUAGAGUCAUGGCUGAGAAUGAAUUUGGAGUUGGCGUUCCAGUGGAAACUGUGGAUGCUGUGAAAGCUUCUGAACCUCCUUCCCCACCAGGAAAGGUUACACUCACUGAUGUGUCCCAGACCAGUGCAUCACUUAUGUGGGAGAAACCGGAUCAUGAUGGUGGUAGCAGAAUCCUGGGGUAUGUUGUUGAAAUGCAGCCCAAAGGAACCGAAAAAUGGAGCACUGUGGCUGAAUCCAAAGUCUGUAAUGCAGUUGUUACUGGUUUGAGUUCCGGACAAGAAUAUCAGUUCCGUGUCAAGGCUUACAAUGAGAAAGGAAAAAGUGAUCCGAGAGUGCUUGGUGUUCCUGUCAUAGCCAAGGACUUGACUAUACAACCUAGUUUUAAGUUACCAUUUAACACAUAUAGUGUCCAAGCUGGAGAAGAUCUUAAAAUAGAAAUUCCAGUUAUAGGCCGACCAAGACCUAAAAUAUCUUGGGUCAAAGAUGGUGAGCCUCUGAAGCAGACAACAAGAGUAAACGUUGAAGAAACGGCUACUUCCACUAUUUUGCACAUUAAAGAAAGUAGCAAAGAUGACUUUGGAAAAUAUACCAUAACAGCAACAAAUAGCGCAGGCACAGCAACAGAAAAUCUCAGCAUUAUUGUUUUGGAAAAGCCUGGACCUCCAGUUGGACCAGUGAGGUUUGAUGAAGUUAGUGCGGACUUCGUGGUCAUAUCUUGGGAACCUCCAGCCUACACUGGUGGCUGCCAAAUAAGCAACUAUAUCGUAGAGAAGAGAGAUACAACCACCACCACUUGGCACAUGGUAUCGGCAACCGUUGCAAGAACAACAAUUAAAGUAACCAAACUGAAAACAGGCACUGAGUACCAGUUUAGAAUUUUUGCUGAAAACAGGUAUGGAAAAAGUGCCCCUCUGGAUUCCAAACCAAUUAUUGUACAAUAUCCAUUUAAAGAACCUGGACCACCAGGAACUCCUUUUGUGACAUCAAUCUCAAAAGAUCAAAUGACUGUGCAAUGGCACGAGCCAGUUAAUGAUGGAGGCAGCAAAGUUAUCGGCUACCAUCUUGAACAGAAGGAAAAGAACAGCAUUUUAUGGGUCAAGUUAAAUAAAACUCCCAUUCAAGACACCAAAUUCAAGACAACUGGGCUUGAUGAAGGCCUUGAAUAUGAGUUCAAAGUUUCUGCUGAAAAUAUUGUUGGCAUUGGCAAGCCUAGCAAAGUGUCCGAAUGCUUUGUUGCUCGUGAUCCAUGUGAUCCGCCUGGUCGUCCUGAGGCCAUUGUUAUCACAAGAAACAAUGUCACCCUGAAAUGGAAGAAACCUGCCUAUGAUGGCGGCAGCAAAAUAACAGGUUAUAUCGUAGAAAAGAAAGAUCUACCUGAUGGCCGUUGGAUGAAAGCCAGCUUUACCAAUGUCCUAGAAACUGAAUUUACAGUGAGUGGACUUGUAGAAGACCAAAGAUACGAAUUUAGAGUUAUUGCAAGAAAUGCAGCUGGCAAUUUCAGUGAACCAUCUGAAAGUAGUGGUGCCAUUACUGCAAGAGAUGAAAUUGACGCACCAAAUGCCUCUCUGGAUCCCAAAUAUAAAGACGUCAUUGUUGUUCAUGCAGGAGAGACUUUUGUUCUUGAAGCUGAUAUCCGUGGCAAACCAAUACCUGAUAUUGUUUGGUUGAAAGAUGGAAAAGAACUUGAAGAAACAGCUGCUAGGAUGGAAAUUAAAUCUACUAUUCAGAAAACCACUCUUGUUGUCAAAGAUUGUAUACGGGCUGAUGGAGGUCAAUAUGUUCUGAAACUUAGCAAUGUUGGUGGUACUAAGUCUAUACCAAUCACGGUAAAGGUACUUGACAGGCCAGGACCUCCGGAAGGGCCUCUGAAAGUUUCUGGAGUUACUGCAGAAAAAUGUUACCUGGCAUGGAACCCACCUUUACAAGAUGGUGGUGCUAGUAUUUCACAUUACAUCAUUGAAAAGAGAGAGACAAGCAGACUCUCCUGGACCCAGGUUUCAACAGAGGUACAGGCUCUCAACUACAAAGUCACUAAACUUCUUCCUGGUAAUGAGUACAUUUUCCGUGUCAUGGCCGUGAAUAAAUAUGGAAUUGGAGAGCCCCUGGAAUCUGAACCUGUUAUAGCCUGUAAUCCUUACAAGCGGCCUGGUCCUCCUUCAACACCUGAAGCCUCAGCAAUCACCAAAGAUUCUAUGGUAGUAACCUGGGCCCGCCCAGUGGACGAUGGGGGUGCUGAAAUCGAGGGCUACAUUCUUGAAAAACGAGAUAAGGAAGGCAUUAGAUGGACCAAGUGCAACAAGAAAACACUGACUGAUCUCCGGUUCAGGGUAACUGGCCUUACCGAAGGCCACUCCUAUGAAUUCAGAGUGGCUGCUGAAAAUGCAGCUGGUGUGGGUGAGCCUAGUGAGCCAUCUGUGUUCUACCUUGCAUGUGACACCUUGUAUCCACCAGGUCCACCAAGCAAUCCAAAAGUGACAGACACUUCCAGAUCUUCUGUGUCCCUAGCAUGGAAUAAGCCAAUUUAUGAUGGCGGGGCACCUGUGAAAGGCUAUGUUGUUGAGGUCAAAGAAGCCACUGCUGAUGAAUGGACAACGUGCACACCUCCAACAGGAUUACAAGGGAAGCAGUUCACAGUGACCAAGCUUAAAGAAAAUACUGAAUAUAACUUCCGGAUCUGCGCCUUCAAUUCUGAAGGGGUUGGUGAACCUGCAACUAUCCCUGGUUCAGUGGUUGCUAAGGAAAGGGCAGAGCCACCAGAAAUAGAACUUGAUGCUGACCUGAGAAAGGUGGUCAUUCUACGUGCAAGUGCUACUUUACACUUAUUCGUCACUAUCAAAGGUCGACCAGAACCUGAAGUCAAGUGGGAAAAGGCAGAAGGCAUUCUCACUGAGAGGGCCCAGAUCGAGGUGACCAGCUCCUACACAAUGUUGGUGAUUGAUAAUGUGACCAGAUUUGACAGUGGUCGGUAUAAUCUGACAUUAGAAAACAAUAGUGGCUCCAAAACGGCUUUUGUGAAUGUCAGAGUUCUUGACUCACCAAGUGCCCCUGUGAAUUUGACUGUAAGAGAGGUAAAGAAAGAAUCGGUGACUUUAUCCUGGGAACCACCACUUAUUGAUGGAGGAGCUAAGAUCACAAACUACAUCGUUGAAAAGCGAGAAACUACAAGAAAAGCCUAUGCUACUAUCACCAACAAUUGCACUAAGAAUACCUUUAAAAUUGAAAAUCUACAAGAAGGAUGUUCUUACUACUUCCGCGUCUUGGCUUGCAAUGAAUACGGGAUUGGUUUGCCAGCUGAAACAACUGAGCCCGUGAAAGUGUCUGAACCACCCCUCCCACCUGGAAGAGUGACUCUUGUCGAUGUGACCCGGAACACAGCUACAAUUAAGUGGGAGAAACCAGAAAGCGAUGGUGGCAGCAAAAUUACUGGUUAUGUAGUCGAGAUGCAGACUAAAGGCAGUGAAAAGUGGAGCACUUGCACACAAGUUAAGACCCUAGAAGCAACUAUAUCUGGCCUGACGGCUGGAGAAGAAUAUGUCUUCAGAGUAUCUGCAGUAAAUGAAAAAGGACGAAGUGAUCCAAGGCAACUUGGAGUGCCUGUAAUUGCAAGGGAUAUCGAAAUAAAACCUUCAGUAGAGCUUCCCUUCCAUACUUUCAACGUAAAGGCUAAAGACCAACUCAAGAUUGAUGUGCCAUUCAAAGGAAGACCUCAAGCUACUAUAAGCUGGAAAAAAGACGGUCAAACUCUCAGAGAGACAACUAGAGUCAACGUUUCUUCUUUAAAGACUGUAACAACACUAACUAUUAAGGAGGCUUCAAGGGAAGAUGUUGGAACUUAUGAACUCUGUGUUUCAAACAGUGCUGGAUCCAUAACAGUUCCUAUCACUGUAAUUGUUCUUGACAGACCAGGGCCUCCAGGACCUAUCCGUAUUGAUGAGGUUAGUUGUGACAAUGUCACCAUUUCUUGGAAUCCUCCAGAAUAUGACGGUGGCUGCCAGAUUAGCAACUACAUUGUUGAGAAGAGAGAAACCACUUCUACAACAUGGCAUGUGGUUUCACAGGCAGUUGCAAGAACAUCCAUUAAAAUAGUUCGUUUAACAACAGGAAGUGAGUAUCAGUUCCGUGUUUGUGCAGAAAACCGAUUCGGGAAGAGUUCCUAUAGCGAAUCUUCAGCUGUUGUUGCAGAGUAUCCAUUUAGUCCCCCAGGUCCUCCUGGUACUCCUAAAGUUGUGCAUGCCACAAAAUCUACCAUGAUUGUUAGCUGGCAAGUGCCAGUUAAUGAUGGGGGAAGUCAAGUAAUUGGCUAUCACCUUGAGUAUAAAGAAAGAAGCAGCAUUCUUUGGUCCAAAGCCAAUAAAACCCUCAUUGCCGACACUCAAAUGAAAGUCUCCGGUCUUGAUGAAGGACUGAUGUACGAGUAUCGUGUAUAUGCUGAGAAUAUUGCUGGAAUUGGUAAAUGCAGUAAAUCUUGUGAACCAGUCCCUGCCAGAGAUCCUUGUGACCCUCCUGGACAACCUGAAGUCACAAAUAUCACAAGAAAAUCAGUGUCACUUAAAUGGGCUAAACCACACUAUGAUGGUGGAGCUAAGAUCACCGGAUAUAUUGUUGAACGUAGAGAACUCCCAGAUGGCCGGUGGCUGAAGUGCAACUUUACCAACGUACAAGAAACAUACUUUGAAGUAACUGAACUUACUGAAGAUCAGCGUUACGAGUUCCGGGUUUUUGCAAGGAAUGCUGCUGACUCCAUUAGUGAACCCUCUGAAUCCACUGGACCUAUUACAGUUAAAGAUGAUGUGGAGGCUCCAAGAAUUAUGAUGGACGUCAAGUUCCGAGAUGUCAUUGUUGUCAAAGCUGGAGAAGUCCUUAAGAUAAAUGCAGACAUUGCAGGGAGACCUCUGCCAGUUGUCUCUUGGGCCAAGGAUGGCAUAGAAAUUGAAGAAAGAGCAAGAACAGAAAUUGUCUCAACAGACUUUACUACCUCAUUAACAGUUAAAGAAUGUGUAAGACGAGACACUGGUCAGUAUGUACUAACACUGAAGAAUGUUGCAGGAACUCGGUCUAUGACAAUUAAUUGCAAAGUACUUGAUAAGCCUGGUCCACCAGCAGGGCCACUUGAAAUAAAUGGCCUUACCUCUGAAAAGUGCUCUCUUUCCUGGGGACGUCCGCAAGAAGAUGGUGGUGCAGACAUCGACUAUUACAUUGUAGAAAAGCGUGAAACAAGCCGCCUUGCAUGGACAAUAUGUGAAGGAGAGUUAAGAACAACAUCUUGUAAAGUGACCAAAUUACUGAAAGGCAAUGAAUAUAUAUUUAGAGUGACAGGUGUUAAUAAAUACGGGGUUGGUGAGUCCCUAGAGAGUAUAGUUGUAAAGGCACUAGACCCAUUUACAGUUCCAAGUCCACCCACAUCUUUGGAAAUUACCUCUGUGACAAAAGAUUCCAUGACACUUUGCUGGUCAAGACCCGAGAGUGAUGGAGGUAGUGAAAUUUCUGGAUACAUAAUCGAAAGGCCAGAGAAAAACAGCCUACGAUGGGUGCGGGUAAACAAAAAACCAGUUUAUGAUCUGAGAGUGAAAUCAACAGGACUUCGGGAAGGGUGUGAAUAUGAAUAUAGGGUUUAUGCAGAAAAUGCUGCUGGCCUAAGUCUUCCAAGUGAUCCUUCUCCCUUAGUUCGGGCAGAAGAUCCAGCAUUCUUACCGUCUCCUCCAUCCAAACCCAAAAUUGUGGACUCAGGCAAGACAUCUAUAACUAUUGGCUGGGUUAAGCCCUUGUUUGACGGUGGGGCCCCAAUAACCGGAUACACUGUAGAAUACAAGAAAUCUGAUGAAACGGACUGGAAAACUGCCAUUCAGAGCUUAAGAGGCACUGAAUACACACUAAGUGGACUAACAACCGGAGCUGAAUAUGUUUUCAGAGUAAGAUCUAUCAAUAAGAUUGGUGCCAGUGAUCCCAGCGAAAGUUCUGACCCCCAGAUAGUAAAGGAAAGAGAAGAAGAACCUGUAUUUGAUCUGGACACUGAAAUGAGGAAGACCUUGAUUGUCAAGGCUGGUUCCUCAUUUACCAUGACUGUGCCUUUCAGAGGAAGACCAGUACCCAACGUCUCCUGGAGUAAGCCAGACACUGACCUCCGCACUAGAGCAUAUAUUGAUUCCACAGACACUCGUACAUCGCUUACCAUUGAAAAGGCCAACAGAAAUGAUUCUGGAAAAUACACAUUAACGAUUCAGAAUGUGUUAAGUGCUGCUUCACUGACCUUUGUUGUCAAAGUCUUAGAUUCUCCAGGUCCUCCAGCCAACGUUAAUGUACAUGAUGUAACCAAAGAGACUGCAGUGUUAUCCUGGGAUGUUCCUGAAAACGAUGGUGGAGCACCAGUGAAAAACUACCACAUAGAAAAACGUGAGGCCAGCAAGAAAGCAUGGGUCUCUGUCACCAACAACUGUAACCGCCUCUCCUACAAGGUCACCAACUUACAAGAAGGAGCUGUUUACUACUUCAGAGUCGCUGGAGAAAAUGAGUUUGGUGUGGGUGCACCGGCUGAAACAAAGGAAGGAGUCAAAAUAACAGAAAAACCAAGCCCACCUGAAAAACUUGGAGUAACAAGUGUAUCCAAAGAUAGUGUUUCCCUCACCUGGCUGAAGCCCGAACACGAUGGUGGAAGCAGAGUUGUACACUAUAUAGUUGAAGCGUUAGAAAAAGGACAGAAAAACUGGGUUAAAUGUGCAGUGGUAAAGACAACCCACCACGUUGUUUCUGGUCUGAGGGAGAAUCAUGAAUACUUUUUCCGAGUCUUUGCUGAAAAUCAAGCUGGCCUGAGUGACCCACGAGAACUCCUGCUUCCUGUUCUUGUAAAGGAGCAACUUGAACCCCCUGAAAUUGAUAUGAAGAAUUUUCCAAGUCACACUGUAUAUGUUAGAGCUGGUUCAAACCUGAAAGUGGACAUUCCAAUUUCUGGAAAACCACUACCCAAGGUGACCUUAUCAAGAGAUGGUGUCCCCCUGAAGGCAACUAUGAGAUUUAAUACUGAAAUUACAGCUGAGAAUCUGACCAUCAAUCUUAAGGACAGUGUUACAGCAGAUGCUGGAAAAUAUGAGAUCACGGCUGCCAACUCCAGUGGAACAACCAAGGCGUUCCUUAACAUCAUUGUGCUGGACAGGCCUGGUCCUCCAACUGGUCCUGUUGUUAUUAGUGACAUAACUGAAGAAAGUGUGACUCUCAAAUGGGAGCCACCCAAGUAUGAUGGUGGAAGUCAAGUUACCAAUUACAUUGUACUCAAGAGAGAAACAAGUACUGCAGCAUGGACAGAAGUGUCUACAACAGUUGCAAGAACCAUGAUCAAAGUCAUGAAACUGACCACAGGAGAGGAAUACCAAUUCCGCAUCAAGGCAGAAAACCGCUUUGGCAUCAGCGAUCACGUAGAUUCUGCUUGUGUGGUCGUCAAACUGCCAUACACAACACCUGGACCACCAUCGACACCAUGGGUCACUAAUGUUACUCGAGAAAGCAUCACCGUGGGCUGGCAUGAACCCGUGUCUAAUGGAGGCAGCACAGUCAUAGGCUAUCACUUGGAAAUGAAAGACAGAAACAGUAUCUUAUGGCAAAAAGCCAACAAAAUGAUCAUCCGUACAACUCACUUCAAAGUCACAACAAUCAGUGCUGGACUUAUUUAUGAAUUCAGGGUGUAUGCAGAAAAUGCUGCAGGUGUUGGAAAACCCAGCCAUCCCUCUGAACCUGUCCUGGCCAUUGAUGCCUGUGAACCUCCAAGAAAUGUCCGUAUCACUGAUAUUUCAAAGAACUCUGUCAACCUGUCAUGGCAACAACCAGCUUUUGAUGGAGGAAGCAAGAUUACAGGCUACAUAGUUGAGAGACGUGACCUUCCAGAUGGCAGAUGGACCAAAGCCAGUUUCACCAAUGUUAUUGAGACUCAAUUCACCGUCUCUGGCUUGACUCAGAAUUCCCAGUAUGAAUUCCGUGUCUUUGCUAGGAAUGCCGUUGGUUCCAUCAGCAAUCCAUCUGAAGUUGUAGGGCCCAUUACAUGCAUUGAUUCCUAUGGUGGACCUGUAAUUGACCUACCUUUAGAAUAUACAGAAGUUGUCAAAUACAGAGCAGGUACAUCUGUGAAGCUCAGAGCAGGCAUUUCUGGCAAACCUGAGCCUACAAUUGAGUGGUAUAAAGAUGACAAAGAAUUGCAAACCAAUGCACUGGUGUGUGUUGAAAAUACCACUGACCUCGCAUCUAUACUCAUCAAAGAUGCCAACCGCCUUAAUAGUGGAAGCUACGAAUUAAAACUAAGAAAUGCUAUGGGCUCAGCCUCGGCCACUAUCAGAGUACAGAUCCUUGACAAACCAGGACCUCCAGGUGGACCAAUUGAAUUUAAAACUGUCACUGCUGAAAAGAUAACACUUCUCUGGCAGCCCCCAACUGACGAUGGUGGUGCAAAAAUCACUCACUACAUUGUAGAAAAGCGUGAGACAAGCCGUGUCGUGUGGUCUAUGGUGGCUGAAAAUUUGGAAGAGUGCAUCAUCACAACCACCAAAAUUAUCAAAGGAAAUGAAUACAUCUUCCGGGUUCGAGCUGUAAACAAAUAUGGAAUUGGCGAGCCACUGGAAUCUGAUCCGGUGGUAGCCAAGAAUGCAUUUGUUACACCUGGGCCACCAAGCAUACCAGAGGUGACAAAGACUACCAAGAAUUCAAUGACUGUUGUCUGGAACAGGCCAAUUGUAGAUGGUGGUAGUGAAAUAAGUGGCUACUUCCUUGAAAAACGAGACAAGAAGAGUCUAGCUUGGUUUAAAGUGCAAAAGGAGACGAUCCGUGACACCAGACAGAAAGUGACAGGACUCACAGAAAACAAUGACUAUCAAUACCGAGUUUGUGCUGUAAAUGCUGCUGGACUGGGUCCAUUUUCUGAACCAUCUGACUUCUACAAAGCUGCUGAUCCUAUUGAUCCUCCAGGCCCACCUGCCAAGAUAAGAAUCGCAGAUUCAACAAAGUCAUCCAUCACUCUUGGCUGGAGUAAACCUGUCUAUGAUGGGGGCAGUGCUAUUACUGGAUAUGUUGUAGAGAUGAGACAAGGAGAAGAAGAGGAAUGGACCAUUGUUUCUACCAGAGGAGAGGUCAGAACCACAGAAUACGUAGUGUCUAACCUGCAACCUGGAGUCAAUUACUAUUUCCAGGUAUCUGCAGUAAACUGCGCUGGACAAGGAGAACCUAUACAAAUGACCGAGCCUGUACAAGCUAAAGAUAUACUUGAGGAACCAGAGAUCGACCUAGAUGUGGCUCUCAGAACCUCUGUUAUAGCUAAAGCUGGUGAGGAUGUCCAAGUGUUGAUUCCCUUUAAAGGCAGACCUCCACCUACUGUCACCUGGAGAAAAGAUGAGAAGAAUCUUGGCAGUGAUGCCAGAUACAACAUUCAAAAUACUGAUUCGUCUUCGUUGCUCACUAUUCCUCAAGUUACUCGCAAUGAUACAGGAAAAUAUGUUCUGACAAUAGAAAAUGGGGUGGGUCAACCUAAGUCUUCAACUGUGAGUGUUAAAGUGCUCGAUACACCAGCCGCCUGCCAGAAACUACAGGUUAAACAUGUUUCUCUUGGCACAGUCACUUUGCUCUGGGAUCCUCCGCUCAUUGAUGGAGGAUCUCCCAUAAUUAAUUACGUUAUUGAAAAGAGAGACGCCACCAAGAGAACAUGGUCUGUUGUGUCACACAAAUGUUCCAGUACAACCUUUAAGGUAACAGAUUUGUCAGAGAAAACGCCAUUCUUCUUCAGAGUUCUUGCAGAAAAUGAAAUUGGAAUCGGGGAACCCUGUGAAACCACAGAGCCAGUGAAGGCUGCUGAAGUACCCGCACCUAUUCGAGAUCUCUCAAUGAAAGACUCAACAAAGACAUCUGUUAUCCUGAACUGGACCAAACCUGACUUUGAUGGUGGGAGUGUCAUCACAGACUAUGUUGUGGAAAGGAAAGGGAAAGGCGAACAGGCAUGGUCCCACGCCGGCAUAAGCAAGACAUGCGAAAUCGAGAUAGGCCAACUUAGAGAACAGUCAGUCCUGGAAUUCAGGGUGUUUGCUAAAAAUGAGAAAGGGCUGAGUGAUGCCGUCACUAUUGGGCCAAUUACAGUGAAAGAACUUGUAAUCACACCUGAGGUCGACCUGUCAGAAAUCCCUGGGGCACAAAUCUCAGUAAGAAUUGGGCAUAAUGUACACCUUGAACUACCUUAUAAAGGAAAACCCAAACCAUCUAUCAGUUGGCUAAAAGAUGGUUUGCCACUGAAAGAAAGUGAAUAUGUUCGCUUCAGUAAAACUGAAAACAAAAUAACCUUGAAUAUUAAGAAUGUCAAGAAGGAACAUGGAGGAAAAUACACUGUUAUUCUUGAUAAUGCAGUGUGUAGAAAUUCUUUCCCCAUUACAGUCAUCACCCUCGGCCCACCAUCCAAGCCCAAAGGACCCAUUCGAUUUGAUGAAAUUAAAGCUGACAGUGCCAUCAUGUCAUGGGAUGUACCUGACGAUGAUGGAGGAGGAGAAAUCACUUGUUACAGCAUCGAGAAGCGGGAAGCCUCACAAACUAACUGGAAGAUGGUAUGUUCAAGUGUUGCCAGGACCACUUUCAAAGUUCCUAAUCUGGUCAAAGAUGCUGAAUACCAGUUUAGAGUUAGGGCAGAAAACAGAUACGGAGUCAGCGAACCACUUGUCUCAAACAUUAUUGUGGCAAAACACCAGUUCAGGAUUCCUGGACCCCCAGGAAAGCCAGUUAUAUACAAUGUGACUUCUGAUGGCAUGUCACUAACUUGGGAUGCACCAGUUUAUGAUGGCGGUUCCGAAGUUACUGGAUUCCAUGUGGAAAAGAAAGAAAGAAAUAGCAUCCUCUGGCAAAGAGUGAACACAUCACCAAUAUCUGGAAGAGAAUACAGAGCUACUGGACUAAUGGAAGGCCUGGAUUACCAAUUCCGUGUGUACGCUGAAAAUUCUGCUGGCCUAAGCUCACCAAGUGACCCAAGCAAAUUUACCUUAGCUGUUUCCCCAGUGGACCCACCUGGCACUCCUGACUACAUUGAUGUCACCCGGGAAACCAUCACUCUUAAAUGGAACCCACCACUGCGUGACGGAGGCAGUAAGAUUGUGGCCUAUAGCAUUGAGAAACGGCAAGGGGAAGAUCGCUGGGUUAGAUGCAACUUCACCGAUGUCAGUGAAUGUCAGUACACAGUUACAGGGCUUAGUCCUGGAGAUCGGUACGAGUUCAGAAUAAUUGCAAGAAAUGCUGUUGGAACCAUUAGCCCACCCUCACAAUCUUCCGGCAUUAUUAUGACAAGAGAUGAAAAUGUUCCACCAACAGUAGAGUUUGGCCCUGAGUACUUCGAUGGUCUCAUUAUUAAGUCUGGAGAGAGCCUUAGAAUUAAAGCUUUGGUUCAAGGACGACCAGUACCUCGAGUAACUUGGUUCAAAGAUGGAGUCGAAAUAGAAAAGAGGAUGAAUAUGGAAAUAACUGACGUCCUUGGAUCCACCAGCCUCUUUGUUAGAGACGCUAAUCGGGACCAUCGUGGUGUAUAUACAGUGGAAGCCAAAAAUGUAUCUGGCUCCACAAAAGCAGAAAUUACAGUGAAAGUGCAAGAUACACCAGGAAAAGUAGUUGGGCCCAUAAGAUUCACCAAUAUUACUGGUGAGAAGAUGACCCUGUGGUGGGAUGCACCACUAAAUGACGGCUGUGCUCCUGUCACCCACUACAUCAUUGAAAAAAGGGAAACAAGCAGACUUGCUUGGGCAUUGAUUGAAGAUAAAUGUGAAGCCCACAGUUACACUGCCAUUAAAUUAAUAAAUGGCAAUGAAUACCAAUUCCGUGUUUCUGCAGUUAACAAGUUUGGUGUUGGCAGGCCACUUGACUCUGACCCGGUGGUUGCUCAAAUACAAUACACUGUUCCCGAUGCCCCCGGCACUCCAGAACCUAGCAACGUAACAGGCAACAGCAUUACAUUGACAUGGGCAAGACCAGAAUCAGAUGGUGGCAAUGAGAUUCAACACUACAUCCUUGAAAGGAGAGAAAAGAAAAGCACAAGAUGGGUGAAAGUGAUCAGCAAACGACCCAUCUCCGAGACGAGACACAAAGUCACUGGUCUGACAGAAGGCAACGAAUAUGAAUUCCAUGUCAUGGCUGAAAAUGCUGCAGGAAUAGGACCUGCAAGUGGUAUCUCAAGACUCAUUAAAUGUAGAGAGCCUGUGAGCCCACCAAGUGCUCCCACCGUGGUCAAAGUGACAGACACAUCAAAGACAACUGUGAGCUUAGAAUGGUCCAGACCAGUCUUUGAUGGUGGCCUGGAAAUAAUUGGGUACAUCAUAGAAAUGUGCAAAGCUGACUUAGGAGACUGGCACAAGGUGAACACCGAGGCCUGUGUGAAAACAAGAUACACAGUCACUGAUCUACAAGCAGGUGAAGAAUACAAGUUCCGGGUUAGUGCUAUCAAUGGUGCUGGAAAAGGAGACAGCUGUGAAGUGACUGGCACAAUUAAAGCCGUUGACCGAUUAACAGCUCCGGAGUUAGACAUUGAUGCAAACUUCAAGCAGACUCACAUUGUUAGAGCUGGGGCCAGUAUUCGCCUCUUCAUUGCCUUCCAGGGUAGACCUACUCCUACAGCUGUGUGGAGCAAGCCAGACUCUAACCUUAGCAUUCGGGCUGAUAUCCACACGACAGACUCCUUCAGCACCCUCACUAUAGAAAAUUGCAACAGAAAUGAUGCAGGGAAAUAUACCCUUACUGUGGAAAACAACAGUGGUAGUAAGUCCAUCACAUUCACUGUCAAGGUGCUAGACUCUCCAGGACCACCUGGUCCAAUUACCUUCAAGGACGUGACCCGGGGAUCUGUCACACUCAUGUGGGAUGCUCCUCUCCUUGACGGCGGUGCCAGAAUCCAUCACUAUGUGGUAGAGAAACGAGAAGCAAGUCGCCGCAGCUGGCAGGUUAUCAGUGAAAAAUGUACUCGCCAGAUCCUCAAGGUCAGUGACCUGGCAGAAGGCGUUCCAUACUAUUUCCGUGUUUCUGCAGAAAAUGAGUAUGGUAUUGGUGAACCCUAUGAAAUGCCAGAACCCAUUGUGGCCACAGAAGAGCCUGCUCCACCUAGGAGACUUGAUGUUGUCGACACCAGCAAAUCCUCUGCAGUCUUAGCUUGGCUUAAACCUGAUCAUGAUGGAGGCAGUCGGAUCACUGGCUACCUUCUUGAAAUGAGACAAAAAGGUUCUGACUUCUGGGUUGCAGCUGGUCACACCAAACAGCUGACUUUCACAGUUGAGCACCUGUUGGAGAACACUGAAUAUGAAUUCCGGGUGAAGGCCAAGAAUGAUGCUGGCUAUAGUGAACCCAGGGAAGCCUUCUCAUCUGUCAUCAUCAAGGAGCCUCAAAUUGAGCCUACUGCAGAUCUCACUGGAAUUACCAAUCAGCUCAUAACUUGCAAAGCAGGAAGCACAUUUACCAUCGAUGUGCCAAUCAGUGGUCGUCCUGCACCCAAAGUAACAUGGAAACUGGAAGAAAUGAGACUUAAGGAGACUGAUCAAAUGAGUAUCACAACAACAAAAGACAGGACCACCCUGUCUGUAAAGGACAGCAUGAGAGGUGACUCUGGCAGAUACUUCUUGACCCUGGAAAAUACGGCUGGUGUUAAAACAUUUACUGUCACAGUUGUGGUCAUUGGAAGACCAGGUCCAGUGACUGGCCCCAUCAAAGUCUCAUCUGUGUCGGCUGAAUCAUGUGUCCUAUCAUGGGCUGAACCUAAAGAUGAUGGAGGCACUGAAAUUACUAAUUACAUAGUUGAAAAGCGUGAGUCAGGUACAACAGCUUGGCAGCUCAUCAAUUCCAGUGUCAAGCGCACUCAGAUUAAAGUCACUCAUCUCACAAAAUACAUGGAAUAUUCCUUCCGUGUCAGUUCAGAGAACAGAUUUGGUGUCAGCAAACCUCUAGAAUCAGCACCAAUAGUUGCUGAGCAUCCAUUCGUCCCACCAAGUGCUCCUACCAGACCUGAAGUGUACUAUGUGUCUGCCAAUGCCAUGUCAAUUCGCUGGGAAGAACCCUACCAUGACGGUGGCAGUAAAAUCAUUGGCUACUGGGUUGAAAAGAAAGAACGUAACACCAUCCUUUGGGUGAAGGAAAACAAAGUGCCGUGUUUGGAGUGCAACUAUAAAGUGACUGGUUUAGUCGAAGGGCUGGAAUACCAGUUCAGAACCUACGCACUCAAUGCUGCUGGUGUUAGCAAGGCCAGUGAAGCUUCGAGACCUAUCAUGGCUCAAAACCCAGUCGAUGCACCAGGCAGACCAGAAGUGACAGAUGUCACACGAUCCACAGUAUCACUGAUUUGGUCUGCCCCAGUGUACGAUGGAGGCAGCAAAGUCUUGGGCUACAUCAUAGAGCGUAAGCCAGUCAGCGAGGUUGGAGAUGGCCGCUGGCUGAAGUGUAACUAUACCAUUGUGUCUGACAAUUUCUUCACCGUGACUGCUCUCAGUGAAGGAGACACUUAUGAAUUCCGUGUGUUGGCCAAGAAUGCAGCAGGUGUAAUUAGCAAAGGGUCAGAAUCCACAGGCCCCAUCACUUGCCGAGAUGAAUAUGCUCCACCCAAAGCUGAACUGGAUGCCCGAUUACAGGGUGACCUGGUUACCAUCAGAGCAGGUUCAGAUCUUGUUCUUGAUGCCGCAGUUGGUGGCAAACCUGAACCCAAAAUUAUCUGGACCAAAGGAGAUAAAGAAUUAGAUGUCUGUGAAAAAAUCUCUAUGCAGUACACUGGCAAACGAGCCACUGCUGUGAUCAAGUUCUGUGACAGGAGUGACAGUGGAAAAUAUACCUUAACAGUGAAGAAUGCCAGUGGGACCAAGGCCGUGUCUGUCAUGGUCAAAGUACUUGAUUCCCCUGGCCCCUGUGGAAACCUCACUGUCAGCAGAAUAACCGAGGAGAAAUGCACUUUAGCCUGGAGCCUUCCUCAGGAAGAUGGAGGAGCAGAAAUAACUCACUACAUUGUAGAGCGCCGUGAGACUAGCAGGCUCAACUGGGUGAUCGUGGAAGGCGAAUGCCCCACUCUAUCCUAUGUAGUUACCAGACUCAUCAAGAACAACGAGUACACGUUCCGAGUGAGGGCAGUAAACAAAUAUGGCCCUGGUGUGCCUGCUGAAUCAGAGCCAAUUGUAGCCAGAAACUCAUUCACUAUUCCAUCACAACCUGGCAUCCCUGAAGAAGUCGCAGCUGGAAAAGAGCACAUCAUUAUCCAGUGGACAAAACCUGAAUCUGAUGGUGGCAACGAUAUCAGCAACUACCUAGUAGACAAACGUGAGAAGAAGAGCCUGCGCUGGACACGUGUCAACAAGGAUUAUGUGGUAUAUGACACCAGGCUGAAGGUGACCAGCCUGAUGGAAGGUUGUGACUACCAGUUCCGAGUCACGGCAGUGAAUGCUGCUGGGAACAGUGAACCCAGCGAAGCUUCCAACUUCAUUACAUGCAAAGAACCAUCAUAUACCCCUGGACCACCUUCUGCUCCAAGAAUUGUGGAUACCACCAAGCGCAGCAUUAGUUUGGCAUGGACCAAGCCCAUGUAUGACGGUGGUGCUGACAUCAUUGGAUAUGUUCUUGAAAUGCAAGAGAAGGACACCGAUCAGUGGUACCGAGUGCAUACCAAUGCCACGAUAAGAAAUACUGAAUUCACCGUGCCAGACCUUAAAAUGGGCCAGAAAUAUUCCUUCCGAGUUGCAGCUGUGAAUGUGAAGGGUAUGAGUGAAUACAGCGAAACAAUUGCUGAAAUUGAGCCGGUGGAAAGACUAGAAAUACCAGAUCUUGAGCUUGCAGAUGAUCUAAAGAAGACUGUGACCCUCAGAGCUGGGGCCACGUUGCGCCUAAUGGUGUCUGUAUCUGGAAGACCACCUCCCGUCAUCACAUGGAGCAAAAAGGGGAUUGACCUUGCAAACCGGGCAAUUAUUGACAACACUGAGAGCUAUUCUUUACUUAUUGUGGACAAAGUUAAUCGAUAUGAUGCUGGAAAAUAUACAAUUGAAGCAGAAAAUCAAUCUGGCAAGAAAUCAGCAACAGUCCUUGUUAAAGUAUACGAUACUCCUGGUCCUUGUCCAUCAGUGAAAGUUAAGGAAGUUUCAAGAGAUUCUGUGACUAUUACUUGGGAAAUUCCCACAAUUGAUGGUGGUGCUCCGGUCAACAACUACAUCAUUGAGAAACGUGAAGCUGCCAUGAGAGCAUUCAAAACAGUCACUACCAAGUGCAGCAAGACACUUUACCGCAUUUCUGGACUUGUAGAAGGAACCAUGUACUAUUUCAGAGUCCUGCCAGAAAACAUUUAUGGUAUUGGAGAACCUUGCGAAACAUCUGAUGCAGUCCUAGUCUCAGAAGUGCCACUGGUGCCUACAAAGCUAGAGGUGGUUGAUGUCACCAAAUCCACUGUCACUCUCGCCUGGGAAAAACCACUGUAUGAUGGUGGUAGCCGACUCACUGGAUAUGUUCUUGAGGCCUGCAGAGCUGGCACAGAGAGAUGGAUGAAGGUCGUCACAUUAAAGCCCACAGUGCUAGAGCAUACUGUUAUUUCCUUAAAUGAAGGUGAACAGUAUCUAUUCAGAGUGAGGGCACAAAAUGAGAAAGGUGUAUCAGAACCAAGAGAGAUCGUCACAGCUGUGACUGUACAAGAUCUCAGAGUGUUGCCAACAAUUGAUCUUUCUACAAUGCCUCAAAAGACUAUCCAUGUCCCUGCUGGCAGACCCAUAGAGCUGGUGAUUCCUAUUGCUGGACGUCCACCUCCUACUGCUUCCUGGUUCUUUGCUGGUUCUAAACUGAGAGAAUCAGAGCGUGUCACAGUUGAAACGCACACUAAAGUAACUAAAUUAACCAUCCGUGAAACCACUAUAAGAGAUACUGGAGAGUAUACACUUGAAUUAAAGAAUGUUACUGGAACUACUUCAGAGACCAUUAAAGUUAUCAUUCUUGACAAGCCUGGUCCACCAACUGGGCCCAUCAAAAUUGAUGAAAUUGAUGCUACAUCAGUUACCAUUUCCUGGGAACCCCCUGAAUUGGAUGGUGGUGCUCCAUUGAGCGGCUACGUAGUGGAACAACGUGAUGCUCACCGUCCAGGAUGGCUGCCAGUUUCUGAAUCAGUGACUAGACCAACAUUUAAAUUUACCAGACUCACUGAAGGAAAUGAGUAUGUGUUCCGGGUGGCGGCAACAAACCGCUUCGGGAUUGGCUCUUACUUGCAGUCUGAGGUCAUAGAGUGCCGCAGCAGCAUCAGCAUUCCUGGACCGCCAGAAACAUUACAGGUAUUUGAUGUCUCCCGUGAUGGCAUGACACUUACUUGGUAUCCACCUGAAGAUGAUGGCGGCUCCCAAGUGACUGGAUAUAUUGUGGAACGCAAAGAAGUGAGAGCAGAUCGGUGGGUCCGUGUAAAUAAAGUACCAGUGACAAUGACACGGUACCGCUCCACUGGCCUUAUUGAAGGCUUAGAAUAUGAACACCGUGUCACCGCCAUUAAUGCAAGAGGGACUGGAAAACCAAGUCGUCCUUCCAAACCCAUCAUUGCCAUGGAUCCGAUCGCUCCACCAGGAAAGCCACAAAAUCCAAGAGUAACUGAUACAACAAGGACAUCGGUCUCCCUAGCCUGGAGUGUUCCAGAAGAUGAAGGAGGAUCUAAGGUCACAGGGUACUUGAUUGAAAUGCAAAAAGUAGAUCAACAUGAAUGGACCAAAUGCAAUACCACCCCAACCAAGAUUCGGGAGUAUACUCUAACACACCUACCUCAGGGCGCUGAAUACAGAUUCCGUGUCCUAGCUUGUAAUGCUGGUGGACCUGGGGAGCCUGCUGAGGUACCAGGAACUGUCAAAGUUACCGAGAUGCUUGAAUAUCCCGACUAUGAACUUGAUGAAAGAUACCAGGAAGGUGUCUUUGUAAGACAAGGUGGAGUCAUCAGACUUACCAUACCAAUCAAAGGAAAACCAUUCCCAAUAUGUAAAUGGACCAAGGAAGGCCAGGAUGUUAGUAGGCGCGCCAUGAUUGCAACAUCUGAAACACACACUGAACUUGUGAUCAAGGAAGCAGUCAGGGAAGAUUCUGGAACUUAUGACUUGGUUCUGGAAAACAAAUGUGGCAAGAAGACUGUUUACAUCAAGGUCAAGGUGAUAGGAAAUCCCAACACUCCAGAAGGGCCACUAGAAUAUGACGACAUUCAAGCCCGCUCUGUAAGGGUCAGUUGGAGACCUCCUGCUGAUGAUGGCGGUGCCGACAUCUUAGGCUACAUCCUUGAAAGAAGAGAAGUGCCUAAAGCUGCCUGGUAUACCAUUGAUUCCAGAGUCCGGGGUACAUCUCUGGUAGUGAAAGGCCUCAAAGAAAAUGUGGAAUACCAUUUCCGCGUUUCAGCAGAAAACCAAUUUGGCAUAAGCAAACCCUUGAAAUCUGAGGAACCAGUCAUACCAAAAACACCACUGAAUCCUCCAGAACCUCCAAGCAAUCCUCCAGAAGUACUCGACGUGACCAAGAGUUCUGUGAGCUUGUCCUGGUCCCGACCUAAAGAUGAUGGUGGCUCUCGAGUCACAGGCUACUACAUUGAACGCAAGGAAACAUCAACUGACAAGUGGGUCAGACACAACAAGACUCAGAUAACCACCACAAUGUACACUGUCACUGGGCUUGUUCCUGACGCCGAGUAUCAGUUCCGCAUCAUUGCACAGAAUGAUGUUGGCCUAAGCGAGACCAGCCCUGCUUCUGAACCAGUUGUCUGUAAAGAUCCAUUUGAUAAACCAAGCCAACCAGGAGAACUUGAGAUUCUUUCAAUAUCCAAAGACAGUGUCACUCUACAGUGGGAGAAACCUGAAUGUGAUGGUGGCAAAGAAAUCCUUGGAUACUGGGUUGAAUAUAGACAAUCUGGAGACAGUGCUUGGAAGAAGAGCAAUAAGGAUCGUAUCAAGGACAGGCAAUUCACAAUAGGGGGUUUGCUGGAAGCUACUGAAUAUGAAUUCAGAGUUUUUGCUGAAAAUGAGACUGGGCUUAGCAGACCUCGAAGAACAGCUAUGUCUAUAAAGACUAAACUAACAUCUGGAGAGGCCCCUGGAGUACGCCAAGAAAUGAAAGAUGUUACCACCAAAUUGGGUGAAGCUGCUCAACUCUCAUGCCAGAUUGUCGGAAGGCCUCUUCCUGACAUCAAAUGGUACCGAUUUGGUAAGGAGCUCAUACAAAGCCGGAAAUAUAAAAUGUCUUCAGAUGGACGCACACAUACUCUGACAGUGAUGACAGAGGAACAAGAAGAUGAAGGCAUUUAUACCUGUAUAGCUACCAAUGAAGUUGGAGAAACAGAAAGCAGCAGUAAGCUUCUCCUGCAAGCAGCGCCACAGUUCCAUCCUGGUUACCCACUGAAAGAGAAGUAUUAUGGUGCUGUGGGUUCUACGCUUCGACUUCACGUCAUGUACAUUGGUCGUCCAGUACCUGCCAUGACUUGGUUCCAUGGACAGAAACUUUUGCAAAACUCAGAAAACAUUACUAUUGAAAACACUGAACACUAUACUCAUCUAGUCAUGAAGAAUGUCCAGCGUAAGACUCAUGCUGGGAAAUAUAAAGUUCAGCUCAGCAAUGUCUUUGGAACAGUUGAUGCCAUUCUUGAUGUAGAAAUACAAGAUAAACCAGACAAACCUACAGGACCGAUUGUGAUUGAAGCUCUACUAAAGAACUCUGUGGUCAUCAGCUGGAAACCCCCAGCUGAUGAUGGCGGCUCUUGGAUCACCAAUUACGUAGUAGAGAAGUGUGAGGCCAAGGAAGGGGCUGAAUGGCAAUUGGUGUCUUCAGCCAUCUCAGUGACAACCUGCAGAAUCGUGAACCUCACAGAAAAUGCUGGUUAUUACUUCCGGGUUUCAGCUCAGAACACCUUUGGCAUCAGUGAUCCCCUGGAGGUGACCUCAGUUGUGAUCAUUAAGAGUCCAUUUGAAAAACCAAGUGCUCCUGGCAAACCAACCAUUACUGCUAUCACAAAAGAUUCUUGCGUUGUGGCUUGGAAACCACCUGCGAGUGAUGGAGGCGCAAAGAUUAGAAAUUACUACCUUGAAAAGCGUGAGAAGAAGCAGAAUAAAUGGAUUGCUGUGACAACAGAAGAAAUUCGAGAAACGGUCUUUUCAGUGCAAAACCUUAUUGAAGGUCUUGAAUAUGAGUUCCGUGUGAAAUGUGAAAACCUAGGUGGUGAAAGUGAAUGGAGUGAAAUAUCAGAACCUGUCACUCCCAAAUCUGAUGUCCCCAUUCAGGCACCACACUUUAAAGAGGAACUGAGAAAUCUAAAUGUGAGAUAUCAGAGCAAUGCUACUUUGGUCUGCAAAGUGACUGGUCAUCCAAAACCUAUUGUAAAAUGGUACCGACAAGGCAAAGAAAUCAUUGCAGAUGGAUUAAAGUAUAGGAUUCAAGAAUUUAAGGGUGGUUACCACCAGCUCAUAAUUGCAAGUGUCACUGAUGAUGAUGCCACAGUUUACCAAGUCAGAGCUACCAACCAAGGUGGAUCCGUGUCUGGCACAGCCUCCUUGGAAGUGGAAGUUCCAGCUAAGAUACACUUGCCUAAAACUCUUGAAGGCAUGGGAGCAGUUCAUGCCCUCAGAGGUGAGGUGGUCAGCAUCAAGAUCCCCUUCAGUGGCAAACCGGACCCUGUGAUUACCUGGCAGAAAGGACAGGAUCUCAUUGACAAUAAUGGCCACUACCAAGUUAUUGUCACAAGAUCCUUCACAUCACUUGUUUUCCCCAAUGGAGUAGAGAGAAAAGAUGCUGGUUUCUAUGUGGUCUGUGCUAAAAACAGAUUUGGAAUUGAUCAAAAGACAGUUGAACUUGAUGUGGCUGAUGUUCCUGACCCACCCAGAGGAGUAAAAGUCAGUGACGUCUCACGAGAUUCUGUCAACUUAACGUGGACAGAGCCGGCUUCUGAUGGUGGCAGCAAAAUCACCAACUAUAUUAUUGAAAAAUGUGCAACUACUGCAGAAAGGUGGCUUCGGGUAGGACAGGCCCGAGAAACACGUUACACGGUGAUCAACUUAUUUGGAAAGACAAGUUACCAAUUCCGGGUAAUAGCCGAAAAUAAGUUUGGCCUGAGCAAGCCUUCUGAGCCUUCAGAACCAACCAUAACCAAAGAAGAUAAGACCAGAGCUAUGAAUUAUGAUGAAGAGGUAGAUGAAACCAGGGAAGUUUCCAUGACUAAAGCAUCUCACUCCAAAACCAAGGAACUCUAUGAGAGAUAUAUGAUUGCUGAAGAUCUUGGACGUGGCGAGUUUGGAAUUGUCCACCGCUGUGUUGAAACUUCCUCAAAGAAAACAUUCAUGGCCAAAUUUGUCAAAGUCAAGGGGACUGAUCAAGUUUUGGUAAAGAAAGAGAUUUCCAUUCUAAACAUUGCUAGGCACAGAAAUAUCUUAUACCUCCACGAAUCAUUUGAAAGCAUGGAAGAAUUAGUUAUGAUCUUUGAGUUUAUAUCAGGACUUGACAUAUUUGAGCGCAUUAAUACAAGUGCUUUUGAACUCAACGAAAGAGAAAUUGUAAGUUAUGUUCGCCAAGUCUGUGAAGCACUGGAGUUCUUACACAGUCAUAAUAUUGGACACUUUGACAUUAGACCAGAAAACAUCAUUUACCAAACAAGAAGGAGCUCCACAAUUAAAAUCAUAGAAUUUGGUCAAGCUCGUCAGCUGAAGCCAGGGGACAACUUCAGGCUUCUGUUCACCGCCCCUGAAUAUUAUGCACCGGAAGUUCACCACCAUGAUGUUGUCAGCACAGCCACAGACAUGUGGUCACUUGGGACACUGGUAUAUGUGCUGCUGAGUGGUAUCAACCCAUUCCUGGCUGAAACUAACCAACAGAUAAUUGAGAAUAUCAUGAAUGCUGAAUAUACUUUCGAUGAAGAAGCAUUCAAAGAAAUUAGCCUUGAAGCCAUGGAUUUUGUUGACCGGCUAUUAGUGAAAGAGAGAAAAUCUCGCAUGACAGCAACUGAGGCACUCCAACACCCAUGGCUGAAGCAGAAGAUCGACAGAGUCAGUACUAAAGUCAUUAGAACUUUAAAACACCGGCGCUACUACCACACUCUGAUCAAGAAAGACCUCAACAUGGUUGUGUCAGCAGCCAGGAUCUCCUGUGGUGGUGCAAUUCGAUCUCAGAAGGGAGUGAGCGUUGCUAAAGUUAAAGUCGCAUCCAUCGAAAUAGGCCCAGUUUCUGGGCAGAUAAUGCAUGCAGUUGGUGAAGAAGGAGGAUAUGUCAAAUAUGUAUGCAAAAUUGAAAAUUAUGAUCAGUCUACCCAAGUAAGCUGGUAUUUCGGUGUCAGACAGCUGGAGAACAGUGAGAAAUAUGAAAUCACCUAUGAAGAUGGAGUGGCCACCAUGUAUAUCAAAGACAUUACCAAAUUCGACGAUGGUACCUACAGAUGCAAAGUCGUCAACGACUAUGGUGAAGACAGUUCUUACGCAGAGCUGUUUGUUAAAGGUGUGAGAGAAGUUUAUGACUAUUACUGCCGUAGAACCAUGAAGAAAAUUAAGCGCAGAACAGAUACCAUGAGACUCCUGGAAAGACCACCAGAAUUUACCCUGCCUCUCUAUAACAAGACGGCUUAUGUGGGUGAAAAUGUCCGGUUUGGAGUAACUAUAACUGUCCACCCAGAGCCUCGUGUAACAUGGUAUAAAUCAGGUCAGAAGAUCAAACCAGGUGAUGAUGACAAAAAGUACACGUUUGAGUCUGACAAAGGUCUUUACCAAUUAACAAUCAACAGUGUCACUACAGACGAUGAUGCCGAGUAUACGGUUGUGGCAAGGAACAAAUACGGUGAAGACAGCUGUAAAGCAAAGCUGACGGUAACCCUACACCCACCUCCAACAGAUACAACCCUAAGACCCAUGUUCAAACGGCUACUGGCCAACGCAGAAUGCCAGGAAGGCCAAAGUGUCUGCUUUGAGAUCCGAGUGUCAGGCAUUCCCCCACCAACAUUAAAAUGGGAGAAAGACGGACAGCCACUGUCCCUUGGGCCUCACAUUGAAAUUGUCCAUGAAGGCUUGGAUUAUUAUGCUUUGCACAUCAGAGAUACUUUGCCUGAAGACACGGGUUACUAUCGAGUCACAGCCACAAACACAGCUGGGUCCACCAGCUGCCAGGCUCACUUACAAGUGGAACGUUUGAGAUACGUCAAACAGGAGUUCCAGAGUAAGGAGGAACGGGAACGCCACGUCCAAAAACAGAUUGACAAGACGCUCAGAAUGGCUGAGAUUCUUUCCGGAACUGAAACUGUGGCCCUGACACAGGUAGCCCAAGAGGCUCUGAGAGAAGCGGCUAUCCUUUAUAAACCAGCCGUGAGCACCAAGACUGUAAAAGGGGAAUUCCGACUUGAAACUGAAGAAAAGAAGGAGGAGAGAAAACUCCGCAUGCCUUAUGAAGUACCAGAGCCACGCAAGUACAAACAGACCACCAUUGAGGAAGACCAACGCAUCAAGCAGUUCGUGCCCAUGUCUGACAUGAAAUGGUAUAAAAAGAUCCGUGACCAAUAUGAGAUGCCUGGGAAACUGGACAGAGUGGUUCAGAAAAGACCCAAGCGCAUUCGCCUUUCCAGAUGGGAACAGUUCUACGUGAUGCCCCUCCCGCGCAUUACAGAUCAAUACAGACCUAAGUGGCGCAUUCCCAAGCUGUCCCAGGAUGACCUGGAGAUGGUGAGGCCAGCCCGCCGACGUACACCCUCUCCAGAAUAUGACUUUUAUUACAGGCGCAGGAGACGCUCUCUGGGUGACAUCUCCGAUGAAGAGCUGCUCCUCCCCAUUGAUGACUACCUGGCAAUGAAAAGGACAGAGGAGGAGCGGCUGCGUCUGGAGGAAGAGCUUGAGCUGGGUUUCUCCGCUUCACCCCCCAGCCGAAGCCCUCCACGUUUUGAGCUUUCUAGCCUCCGUUACUCUUCUCCACAAGCUCAUGUCAAGGUGGAGGAAUCAAGAAAAGACUUCAGAUAUUCGACCUACCACAUCCCUACCAGGGCUGAAACGAGUACGAGUUAUGCAGAGCUGCGAGAACGGCACGCCCGGGCCUCGUACAGACAGCCCAAGCAGCUGCAGAGGAUCAUGGCCGAGAGGGAGGACGAAGAGCUGCUCCGUCCGGUCACUACCACCCAGCGUCUCUCAGAAUACAAGAGCGAGCUUGACCACAUGUCCAAGGAAGAAAAGUCUAAAAAGAAAUCAAGACGACAGAGAGAAGUGACCGAAAUAACAGAAAUUGAGGAAGAAUACGAAAUCUCAAGACGUGCACAGAGAGAAUCGUCCUCCUCCGCCUCCAGGCUCCUGAGACGGCGGCGCUCCCUGUCACCAACUUACAUUGAGCUAAUGAGGCCGGUGUCGGAAUUGAUCCGAUCACGUCCACCGCCAGCUGAGGAAUACGAAGAGGACUUAGAAAGAAGAUCCCCUACUCCAGAGAGAACCCGCCCACGUUCCCCCAGUCCUGUGUCUAGUGAGAGGUCACUCUCAAGAUUUGAGAGGUCUGCAAGAUUUGAUAUCUUUUCCAGGUAUGAGUCCAUGAAAGCCGCUUUAAAGACUCAGAAGACAUCCGAGAGGAAGUAUGAAGUCCUGAGUCAGCAGCCUUUCACACUGGACCACGCCCCUCGAAUCACACUAAGAAUGCGCUCCCAUAGGGUGCCCUGUGGCCAAAAUACUCGCUUCAUCUUAAACGUUCAGUCUAAGCCAACUGCUGAGGUUAAAUGGUACCACAACGGUGUGGAGCUCCAAGAGAGCAGCAAGAUUCAUUACACCAACACAAGUGGAGUCCUGACGCUGGAGAUUCUGGACUGCCACAGUGAUGACAGCGGAACCUACCGCGCUGUAUGCACCAACUACAAAGGAGAAGCUUCUGACUAUGCAACCUUGGAUGUAACAGGAGGGGAUUAUACCACCUAUGCAUCCCGGCGAAGAGAUGAAGAGGUCCCCAGAUCAGUUUUCCCUGAGCUGACAAGAACAGAGGCAUAUGCAGUUUCAUCGUUUAAGAAAACAUCUGAGAUGGAAGCUGCUUCUUCCGUCAGAGAAGUGAAAUCACAGAUGACAGAGACAAGGGAAAGUCUCUCAUCCUAUGAACACUAUGCUUCUGCAGAAAUGAAAAGCACUGCAUUAGAAGAAAAGUCACUGGAAGAAAAAUCCACAACCAGAAAGAUCAAGACAACACUGGCUGCGAGAAUUCUAACAAAGCCACGGUCCAUAACUGUGUACGAAGGCGAGUCUGCCAGGUUUUCUUGCGAUACAGAUGGUGAGCCGGUACCAACUGUGACCUGGCUGCGGGGAGGGCAAGCGAUAAGUACUUCUGCCCACCACCAAGUGACCACUGCAAAGUACAAAUCGACCUUUGAGAUCUCUUCAGUGCAGGCGUCUGAUGAAGGCAGCUACAGCGUGCUGGUAGAGAACAGCGAGGGGAAGCAGGAAGCACAGUUUACCUUGACGGUUCAGAAGGCCAGGGUUACAGAAAAGGCUGUGACAUCCCCACCCAGGGUCAAAUCCCCAGAACCUCGGGUAAAAUCUCCAGAAGCAGUGAAGUCUCCCAAACGAGUGAAAUCACCAGAACCAGUGACUUCUCAUCCAAAAGCUGUGUCACCUACAGAGACAAAGCCUACACCAACAGAGAAAGUUCAGCAGCUGCCAGUCUCUGCUCCACCAAAGAUAACUCGAUUCCUGAAAGCAGAAGCUUCUAAAGAUGUUGCAAAACUAACCUGUGCAGUUGAAAGUAGUGUAUUAAGUGCAAAAGAGGUCACCUGGUACAAAGAUGGCAAGAAACUGAAGGAAAAUGGGCAUUUCCAGUUUCAUUAUUCAGCCGAUGGUACCUACGAACUCAAAAUUCAUAACCUCACUGAGUCUGACUGUGGGGAAUAUGUCUGUGAGAUUUCUGGGGAAGGUGGAACUUCCAAAACUAACUUCCAGUUUACGGGACAGGCCUUUAAAAGUAUCCAUGAGCAGGUAUCCAGCAUAUCUGAAACUAAGAAAUCAGCUCAGAAAACUGCCGAGUCAACAGAAACUAAGAAAUCAGCUCAGAAAACCGCUGAAUCAACAGAAACCAAGGUAUCAGCUCAGAAAACUACCGAAUCAAUAGAAACCAAGAAAACUGAACCAAAAGCUCCUGAACCAAUUUCCUCAAAACCAGUAAUUGUUACUGGGCUACAGGAUACAACCGUUUCUUCAGACAGUGUUGCUAAAUUUACAGUUAAAGCCACUGGAGAACCGCAGCCAAUCGUCAACUGGACAAAGGAUGGAAAGGUAACCAGUUCUUAA